AAACAUAACCUGCUACCAACAAGUACUGUAUCCAUCUUCACUCUGCUUGGCUUUCUCCUUUCAUUGUGUUGACAAUGGUAGGAGAUGGAAACAGCAUGAACUCUUCACUUCUACCAGGCAGUAGUUCCAGAGGCAAUGAAUGGGACACAAUCUUUUUGGCUUAUGCCCUCAUAUCCUUGCAGUUGCUGCUUGCUGUUGCAUUUGGAACUAACCUUGUUUUCAAUUCUGGGAUCCCUUGCUUUGAGCUGAUCCGCAGCACACCAGGCCUCGCCAUCUGCAUCAUCUCCUUUAUCCUUUGGCUUGUAGUUCAAUGCCCACUUCUUGCCAUUUCCAACCAUUCCCCAUGGAACUUCCUGCUUUUUGCACUAUGGUCUACACUAUUUGUCUUCACCAUCGGGCUUUCUUGUUCCUACCUAGAAGAGAAUGGGAGAACUAUUCUAGUGGCAAUAAUCCUGAUGAGUGUUGUAACAGUUAGUCUGACAGUUUAUGCUCUUUGUGGAGCAAUUGGAGACUUUGAUUUCAGCUUAUCUGCACCUUGUUUUUUGGGUGCAUUCUUGGUACUUUGUCUCUAUGUCACCAUCCCGAUCUUUGGUCCUGCUGCAAAUCUAUCGACAUCAAUAUAUGCUCUCCUGGCUGCACUCCUUUUUGUUGGUCAUACCUACAUUGCUGGAAAUCAAAUGGUCAAGGAUGGUAGAGAUGAUAUUGAAGGGCCAAUUUCUGCUGUACUUUAUUCUUAUUGGCCAUUUUCCUACCACCAGAAACUAGCUCAUGGUUAGAGAAAAGAUGAGAUAAUCAGAAAGACUUGUUCAUGUAAAAUGAGGCCGUACCCAACAAAAAAAUACAAUAA